AUGCAGCGUGAAACGUAUCCAGAGGAGGUCAUGGCACUGUCCGGCAAAGCACCUAACGAAAGUGGGCAGGAAAUUAUAGGAAAACAUAGCUCAAUUUUCCAGCUGAUGCCGAUGCUAGACAACCGCGGCCUGUUGCGUGAGCGUGGUCGAAUCGGGUCCGGGGAAGGAGUAGAGUUUAACGUUCGCCACCCCAUUAUCCUUCCUAGAAAACACCGUGUUACGGAGCUCCUGGUGUUGGAUUUCCAUCAACGUUGUCAGCACGGGAAUUCCGAAACGGUGGUGAAUGAGAUUCGCCAGCUCUAUAAUAUCCCAAGACUACGGUCAGUCGUCAAGAAAGUAAGCCGGGACUGCGCACUAUGUAAGAUUCGCAGGGCGAGGCCAGCGAUUCCCCCGAUGGCGCCGCUCCUUCCGGCGCGUCUUGCCCACCACGAGAGAGCCUUCACUUACACCGGAGUAGACUACUUCGGCCCCCUAAUCGUCAAGCUGGGAAGGUCUAAUGUGAAGCGGUGGAUCGCGUUGUUUACCUGUCUCACAGUGCGCGCCGUUCACCUUGAAGUUGCGUAUACAUUAUCAACAGAAUCCUGCAUAUCGUGUGUCCACCGAUUCGUGGGCCGUCGAGGUCCGCCCGCGGAGUUCUUCAGUGACAACGGGACGAACUUCCAGGGAGCCGAUCGAGUGCUACAACAUCAAAUUAGCCAGGGACUGUCCACGACGUUCACCAGUACCAACACCAAGUGGAACUUCAUUCCGCCAGGAGCCCCACACAUGGGCGGAGCGUGGGAACGCCUGGUUCAAUCCGUGAAGGCUGCAAUGCAGGAAGCAUAUUCGGAGGGAAAGCUUGAUGACGAGGGGCUGCAGACGCUGGUCGUGGAGGCUGAAAGGUUGGUAAACUCAAGGCCUCUGACGUACUUGCCGCUGGAAGCUGAGGAGUCAGAGGCGAUUACGCCCAACCACUUCCUGCUACUGAGCUCAAACGGAAUAAGACCACGUAGCGGGCAAGGAGAAGCUUCCGAACACGGACAUUACCGUGAGCUAGCCCGACGAGAAAUAUUAGGGAAAUCAUGGGAGCUGAUCCAGCGGCAGUUGAAUGUAUUCUGGAAGCGCUGGCUAGCGGAAUAUCUGCCGGUGAUCCGUAGGCAACCGAAGUGGUUCGAGGAAGCCCGUCCCGUAGAAGCAGGAGACUUGGUCAUGGUAGCUGAGCCAACGAAGAGAAAUGGAUGGGAGCGUGGGCGGAUAGUCCGAACUGUCCCAAGCCUGGAUGGCCGAAAUCGACAGGCGGUGGUGCAGAUAGGUUCGAAAACUCUGCUGCGGCCGGUGUCACGGUUGGCAUUGCUUGACGUGAAAGGAUUCUGUGAAACUCCGGAAAACUCCGGAUCACACCCGGGGGAGACUGUCAACGCAGGAAACGGCAAACUGGCAACCUUGUCGCCCUCCGCCUUUAAAGCGCCGCGUUCUGCUGUAAAAGCGUCGCCGCAUAACGAAUGA